GUUCGCCUCAACGCAAAUCCACGGCUGCCGGCGCGACGCGGAUUUUCCUGCGCGGGCUGUCGAAUUAGUCUCGCGAGUGGCGGUGUUGGGAAAAGUUGGCCUGCCUCCAGCGAACAAUGCGGGCUGCGCGGACACAAGAGAGCCCGAGGACGAGGAGAGACUUGCUGGCAGCGACAUCAUUGUCGUAAUGGAACGAGGCGCAUGCAUGGAAUAUCACCACCACUAAUCAACACCACCACCACCACCACACUCGUUGCACUCACCGCAUAACAGCCGGUCCCAGCUCGCGGGGAGCUGGAUACCCGUGUACACUCUCAACACUGUCAACACCGUUACCAUGGGCUACGAAUACGCGUGGGUCCACCUAACCUACACCCUUCCGCCCGCCGCUCUCCUCUCCGCCCUCUACUUCCCUCUAUGGACGAAGCUCGACACCUACAAAAUCCUCUUCCUCAUCACCAUCGCCGUCGUCUCUACGAUCCCAUGGGACAGCUAUCUCAUCCGGACCAACAUCUGGUCCUACCCUCCGAACGUCGUGAUAGGCUGGAAAAUCUACGAUAUUCCGGUUGAAGAGGUCUUCUUCUUUGUGAUUCAGACCUAUAAUACGUCGUUGCUGUACCUGCUCACGAGUAAGGCUGUGCUGAAGGAGACGUUAUUGGCAAAAGAGGACAAAGGGACAAUUGGACAGCAAUGGAAGUAUAUCAGAUGGGGAGGGCAGAUGGCUUUGGGAUUGGCUCUGAGGCAGGGAAUUAGUUUUGUGAGCGCAGGAAAGGAAGAGACGUACUUGGGGCUGAUUCUGGUCUGGGCGUUGCCAUUCCUGCUGCUGUUGUGGAGUCUGGCAUACCAGUUACUUGUCAAUCUGCCAUUGACGUGUACGUGGUUUUCUAUCGCUCUGCCGACUGUAUAUCUUUGGGUCGUGGACACGCUGGCAUUGAAGAGGGGGACCUGGGUCAUUUCGCAAGGCACAAAGACUGGGAGGGAACUCUGGCCAAAUCUAGAGAUCGAGGAGGCCAUAUUCUUCUUCUUGACAAAUUGCCUCAUUGUCUUCGGACUUGUCGCCUUCGACAAUGCGGUUGCUGUGCUGAACGCUUUCCCGGCGCAUUUCAAGAGCAUUCCGCAAUUGCCAAGCCCGGUCCUAUUGGUCAAGGCCCUUCUCCUUCCAGCUGCUGCGUACGACGAUGACCGGAUAUUGGGCUUGCAGCAGAGUGUUGCAAGAUUGAAAAGGAAGAGCAGGAGCUUUUACUUGGCAUCUAGUACAUUCCAAGGACGAUUGAGGAUCGAUCUGAUCAUACUGUACUCCUUCUGCCGUGUAGCAGAUGAUCUGAUCGAUAAUGCUAAAGAUGAGAAAGAGGCGAGGGAAUGGGUCAAGAAGCUGACAAAGUACCUCGACUUGGCAUAUGGUGUAGCAGAGAAGGACGGAGCCGGCAACAUCAUCCCCAGCAACGAUAUGAACCGCGGCCAAGCAACGCUCUACAUCAUGCACAACUUCCCGCCCGAAACGCAACUCGCACUGAUGCUUCUUCCUACGCAUCGCCUCAGCAAAGAGCCACUGUACGAAUUGCUGAAAGGUUUCGAAAUGGACCUCACCUUCAAUAACCAGAAAUCCGGAAAAGGCAGCUCUGGACCAAUCAAGACCGAAGAAGAUCUUGACCUUUACGGAGCACGUGUUGCAGGAACUGUUGCCCUUCUCUGCAUCCAACUCGUCCUCCACCACAAUCCUGGAACCUCGGAGUCCCAAGCCCGCAAACUUAUGAAAAGCGGCCACGACAUGGGUAUCGCGCUUCAAUACACGAACAUCGCCCGUGACCUGUCUGUUGACGCCAAAAUCGGCCGCUGUUACGUCCCUCCAUCCUGGCUCAAGAAGGAGAAACUCACACCUGAGGCCUUCAUCGCCGGCCUCGUCACAACAGGCAAAGUCGACGAUUUCUUCUGGAAGAAAGUUGAGACCAUACGAGGUCGUCUUCUUGAUCGUGCGUUCCAGUAUUACCACGAUGCGAUACCGGCUGUGGAGGAGCUGCCCAAAGCCGCUAGAGCGCCCAUGCGCGUCGCUGUGGAGAGCUAUAUGCAGAUUGGACGUGAGCUGCGAAGGCCGGGCUACCGUGUCAAGGCUGGGAGAGCUACAGUACCGAAGUGGAAGAGGAUAUGGGUUGCUUGGAAGAGGUUAAUAUCUGCUGCGCCGCGGGAGGAACCAGCAUCAUGAGGAUUUCGUUUUCUGCGAUGUACAGCCUACGCUUGCGGCAUUUGCGACUGAGGCAUUUCGGGUUCUCUUUUUUCGGCAUAUUUUGAGCGCAUUUCUGAAGUGAAUAUUGUGAGCAUAUAGAUACCCUUCUUCGCGGGGAGAUAUUGGCAUAGCGGGUUAGCAAAAUCUUGUGUCUCGAAUGGAAGGCACGAUCAAUGUAUCACAAGGAUAUGGAAUCCACUUUGGUUCCGCGAAAACCCAGAACCUUAUUCCGCGGCCC